AGCUGAACGGUGGUAUAUAGCACGAACGCUGUCGUCAUACACCACUAACCUUCCCCACUCGCUCACACCCAUCCCUCGAACAUGACCUACGUCUCAAAUGAUCCCAGUUGGUGGCCGGAAAUCAAUUGGUAUAUUCUUUUCAGCUAUUGGAUAGUUGUCGCGGGCGUCGUGGUGGUAUAUGAUUGGGUCUUAACACUCGGACAAGAGAUUGAACUCAUCUGGAGACAACGUUGGUCUCUCAUGACUGUGCUGUAUCUGACUAUACGCUAUAUGGGAAUACUGUAUUCUGUUAUCAAUGUUCUGAAAACUAUGCCAUCGGUAUCGCUGACAGAUGCAGUAAGCAUUAUCAUGUACUCCGCAGUAAGUUGGAUAAAUACGGCCUUGACUGCCAUGUUGGGCGUGAUCAUGGUUGCUCGGUUGCAUGCCAUGUAUAAGGGAUCUAGAACGAUGCUUAUGAUCCUUGUUAUUAUCUUCCUGGCUGUAAACAUCGCCUGCGUGGUAAUGGCGGCAAUGGCACUCAACGAUACUGUAGCAGAGGAGUUCAUACUCUCUGGCGUAUAUAUGUGCGGUUAUGGAGAUGAUGGGAACGAGCAGCUUCUGUUUUCGAUGGUUUGGAUCCUCAACACUGUUUGGGAGGUCCUCGCUCUGUGUCUUUCAGUCUGGAUUGCUGUGAAACACUUCCGUGGGAUACGGCGAUUCGGCCCAUCGACAGGAUCGACCAUCGGGGACUGUUUCAGAGUGCUGAUACAAUCUCACGUUCUUUAUUUUGCAAGGUGAGUUUGUAAUGUGAACGUGGUUGAAUUUUUCCGCUCAAGUUCUGC